AUCCUCGGGUCAACAGGUGAAUCCUUCCGCGAGUGUGUAUUCUAGGAUUUUCGAGAGGAGAUUGUGCGAGAUAUGGCUUCGACGCAAAGCAGAUGGAUCGCUAGGUCCGUGGUUAUCUGCGUUCUCGUCUGCACGUGCUACGCGCAGUUCCAACGUCAGACGCCAGCCCCUCAACGUCGCGUGAACCCGUUCUUCCAAGAGCGCGUGAACCAACCGCCCUUUAAUCAGUUCAGCCAAAGCCAACAGAACAAUUUCCACCAGCAGCAACACCCAAGAAGCGGAGGAGCGUCAUGUCCGGAGCCAAACGGCAGGUUCCCAGUGCCGACGCAAUGCGACGCCUACAUCGAGUGUAUCGACGGUGUCGGCGAGGAGAAACUCUGCCCCGAGGGUCUGCUCUUCAACCCUGAGGCCAGAUUCAACUAUCCUUGUGGAUAUCCCAUCGACGUUCAGUGCCUUGGACGAUCUGCUCUUCAACCAGCUCAGCCGACCGAGGACUGUCCUCACCAGUUUGGUUACUUCAAGAUGGGCGACCGCACGAACUGCGGCAAAUUCAUGAACUGCGUCGACGGUAGGUCCUACGUCUUCGACUGCCCCGAAGGUCUUGCCUACAACCCCGAGACCUACCGCUGCGACUGGCCCGACCAGGUACCCGACUGUGACGCCGAAGCCUUCCUGGGAUUCACCUGCCCAACCCAGGACCCGAACUCCUUCCUCGUCUCGGAGACCAGGUUCUACAAGAGUCCGAACGACUGCCAGCACUACUACAUCUGCGUCGAUAACCGACCUCGACUCCAGAACUGCGGUGCUGGCCACGCUUUCAACGAGCUCAUCAACGCUUGCGACGCCGCCGAGAACGUCACCGGAUGCGAGCCUCCGCAGACCUUCAACGAGGUUCAACAGGUGAGACUUGACCAGCCCCAGCAUCAGAACAAACUCAGAACCUUCCAGCAAAAGAGCCAGCCGCAGAACGCUUUCAUUCAGCAGAACUCCAUCAAUCAGCAACCGAAUUACAACCAGCAACAGAAUUACAACCAACAACAGGGCUUCGGAGCUUUCAACCAGCCUCAGAGCAGGAGAAACCAGCAGGCCAGAGGCCAGGUUCACUACCAGCGACAACAGUACAACGGCUUUUAGGCCUUGAGUUAAUUAGAGACUCGUUGAACUUUUUGUAUAACCAAGCCAAAUUGUAAAAUAGAAUUUGUACAAAAUACUCAUGAAUGUUUUGACAAAACUAGGUAUAUAUACUUUGUAUAACUCGUAUGCCUAGUAUCUAUGCUUCUAUCUAAUAUAUCUCACUAGUUAUUAUACGGACGAGUUUUAAUUUUAUGCAAGAAACUCAUGGUCCCAUAGUCGCGCUCGCGCGGCUGAUUACUACCGAAUUUUCGAGACGAGUCGCUGAUAACUUGACGACAUACGAAAGUGAACAUUCUUGUUGAGUAUUCUAUCUUGCUACUCUUUGAGGAAUUCGUCGUAAUCGGCUGAAUCUGAGUCAAGGACUAUUUCCUCUAAGCUCGGGCCCUUUUGCGAGUUCGAAGGCGUUUCUGUAACAAGAUGUGCGAUUUAUAUAUUAUUAUACGUUCAUUUCUUUGUUAUAAAUAAAAUAAUU